AUGUACUGGCCGCUUGGGACUCCGCGAAUCUAUGCGACAAGCAGCUCCCACCAACCAGGCCCGCUACAAAUCGCCUUCCACGAUGACCUCCCUCCCUCCGUUGCCGCUGGGCCACGCGAGCCAACACUCGACAGGAAUUCGCUUCUGUCUCCGACCUCCGCUGCGCUCCAAGACGGCCCGCGCUCCUCGUCGGCAGCCCCUCCCCCAACAGCCCCUCUCACUCCGGUGACACCGAUAACUCCCGUGACUCCUGGCAUCAAACCUGUCGAACAAGACUAUUUCGAUGAGGACACCCCCAAACACUCGCCGGGCCCUGCUCCUGCCAGCAUCCCACUCCACGAACCCAUCCUUGCGCUUCGUGUGAUUCGCGCUGGCCACAUCUUUGCCGUUAUCACAGCAACAUCCAUGACCAUCUGGCAGGCAAAGCCGACCGUUGUCCUUUCCGUCGUCGUCCGUUCCGAUGCGUCCCUCGAGACUUACGGCACCAAUAGCAACCUGCUGCUCCGGCCCGACUCGGCGAUCCUCGUCCUUCAUACGAGUUUGGGCUAUCUGAUAACAUACUCCCUUGCCACCGAUCCAGAAGCUCGUGUCUACCGUCCGCACUUCGCCAACCACACCAACGUCCAGCGGAGACGCCAGAGCCAUGCCGGAGACCCUGGCCACGCUGCUCCCGACCAGAUCAUGUGGGGACCCGGCGAAGGUCCGGGGGUGAGGGAUGUCAGUGUCCGCUUCCGGAUGGUGAUCAAGGUGGAUGCGGGCAUCGAAAGUGCAUUGGCCCUGGACGACGAAUUGGUCGUGGCCACCCGCAAGCCGGCUGCUGUCCAGUGCAUUCGCUGGGCUCCCGACAGCUUGGGCAGCCAGACGAGCACUGAAUUGCUUAGUCGGAUGAGCUGGGUCGAGAAGAAGGUCACGGUCAAGGAGAUGACCCACGACAGGCCCAUGAAUCUCUCAACCUGGAUUACGAGCGAUGGGAGAGCUUAUGCGGUACAGCGAUUGAUGCCUGGCCACCACGGCAGCGGCUCGAAUGAGCCAGCUGGCCCCAAGAAGCUCUUCAAGGGUCACUGCUUCCACACGCCUCAAGGCGACUACGACCGAGCUAUUCGGUGCGUGAUCAACGCCCGAUUCUCGCUCAUCGCGGUUGGGUGCGCCGACGGCAGCGUUCGCGUCUACUCAGCAAGGGACUACUCGGGCAAUAUCCCUGCCUCCCACGUCCACAGCUUGCCCGUCUCCAUCGCCGCGUCUGGGAAUAUCAGCACGCUCAGCUAUUCCCCUGACGGCUACUGCCUCUUCGCAGGGUUUGAGAAGGGAUGGGCGAUUUGGAGCGUUUAUGGGAAGCCACUGAGCAACACCUUCCAGACGGACCCUACGAGCUCGUCUGCUAAUGGCGAAGAAUGGCUCUCGGGCGUGCUUGAUGCCGCCUGGCUGGGAGGGACAUGCGAUCUUCUCCUGGUCAGCAGAGCUCAUGAAGCAGUGUGGCUGCUCGAGAUGGCGCGGAGUGCCGUCACAGGGUGCUACAACUCGGCGAAUUUGUUCCGGACCGUGCUCCAGAGCUCGUCGAGCGUAAUGGUGUACAGGGGCUACGACCUACCGGAUCUCACAUCCAUCUCAGCCGAGCCCUCGCUCUGGCAUACAACCCGCAUUCCCGCCGUUUACCUCUGGAACCAGUGGCCCGUACGAUGUACCGCGAUAUCAGCAGAUGGCAGAUACGUGGCCGUGGCUGGCAAGAGGGGCCUGGCUCAUUACAGCGUCAAUAGCGGCCGUUGGAAGACGUUCGCCAACGACGCCCUGGAGAACGAGUUUCAGGUCAAAGGGGGUAUGUGCUGGUACCAGAAUAUUCUGGUAGCCGCCGUGGAAGCUAAUAGGUCGUUUGAGUUGCGGCUAUACUCCCGUGAGGCAGCGCUCGACGGUACUGUAGCAUACACACAGCCCAUGACGGCGCCAGUUGUCUUGGUCACCUCGACUGGCGAAGACUCGUUGCUGGUGUACACCUACGACAACCUCCUUUAUCAUUACAUUUUUGCCUCCGUGACAGGCUCCAUCAAGCUGAUCGAGGUGGGCCACAUAGCUUUCCAUGGCAUCGUCAGGUCUCCUGCAAGGGUGAGGGGCCUCAGUUGGAUCCUGCCAGACCAACAACUUUUGGAGGGCGAUCCGUCUCAAGACGUAGCCCAUGCAUCUGUUCUGUUCUUGGUGGACGGGAAACUGGUCCUCCUCCGACCCUCGGUCAGCGAAGGUAAUCUGAAAUACGACAUGCGUGUCAUCGCCAAUAACGUCGAGUAUUAUCUCAGCAUGAGAGACCGGCCACAAACCCUGGAAUCUACGACACAACAGCUCCUCCAGGCGGCCACCGGCACGGGAAGCGGGAACCUGGAAGACUCGCUCUGGUUAUUUGAUGGAGGCGAGCUGAAGGCAUGGCCAGACGUUGAGCCUGUCAUGAGGGCAAUCUCGGGAGAACAUUCACGGGAGUUGCCUGCCAUGGUCCCCGUUCCUCUAGACUUCUACCCCCUCUCCGUCCUGCUGCCAAAAGCCAUCGUGCUCGGCGUGGAGCCGGACCUCAUACAACGCCGCGACAUUAGCUUUUCUUUUUUCCGAUUUUCCAUCAGGACCCACCUCUUCUUCCCCGAUAUAUUGCGCUUCUAUCUCGGUGCGAACAGAUCCGCCGAGGCUUUGCGACUCGCGCAGGAGUACGAACAUCUGGAGUAUUUUGCCCAUGGCCUUGAGAUCCUUCUGCACCACGUCUUGGACGAGGAGGUAGAUGCGAAUCCAACCCCUGCGCCCGAGCACGCCAUCCUCCCACGCGUGCUGUCCCUCCUCUCAUCCUUCAGACAGUACCUCGACAUCGUCGUUCAGUGCACGCGCAAAACCGAGGUCCGCUCCUGGCGCACCCUGUUUGCCUAUCUCCCUCCGCCGCAAGAACUGUUUGAGGAAAGCCUGCAGCGUGGUAGCCUCAAGACGGCAGGGGGCUAUCUCUUGAUUCUCCACACGUUUGACGAGCUAGCGACGGCGAGCGAGCAGAGCGUGCGGCUCCUGAGCCGUGCCAUGCGCGAGGAGCAUUGGGACUUGUGCAAGGAGUUGGCGCGGUUCCUGGCGGCGCUCGAUGAGAGCGGAGAUACUCUGCGCGAAGCCAUGGACAUGGUAAAGGCCCGAGGAGCGAAUCUAGGCCGUGAUGCCGAUGAAGGGUCCGUCAGGAAUGGAUUCAUGACGAGACUCGAGAUUCCGUUGCCAGGCGGCUACCCGUGCCUUGGCAAUGGCUCAGCGGGAGGCGGCCUCGGGCGGAUAGCGGGGAGCGAUUCGGAGGCGGAGGGACGGACGGCUAGUGAGGCGGGUAGCUUUACCAGCAAUGCCCGCUCGGAAACCAAAGAGGACUAUUCAUAG